GAUAUGCUAACGUAUGCGAUCGACAAGCCUGCACCAGCUACGCUGAUUGUCAUCUCUGGUGACCGCGAUUUUGUGUAUGCUGUCUCUGUCCUGCGAUGGCGCAGAUAUCGCGUAGUCCUUGUCGCCCCGAACUCCGCGCAUGCCAGUCUUCGGUCCCAAGCUUCCGCCAUCCUAGAUUGGGAAGCUGACGUCCUG